ACGGGUUGGUAGUUACGUGUUGGUGUUAUCUGUGGUUGUGUGGUACACGUCAAAUUUCAUGUGUUUGUAUACUUAUGUAUUGACUAUUUUAUAACGAAAGGCGAGGUGGUAGCAGAUUAAAAAUUUAAAUUAGCCUCCUACCACAUAUUAUUCGUCUCUGUAAAGGAAUAAUCAAAAUGGGAGGGUUAUUGAGUUAUUUUCGAAACCUCCUUGGAAGUCGAGAAAUGAGAAUCCUUAUACUGGGAUUAGAUGGUGCUGGAAAAACUACAAUACUUUACAGAUUACAAGUUGGUGAAGUAGUGACAACAAUUCCCACUAUUGGCUUCAAUGUGGAACAAGUGACAUAUAAAAACUUAAAGUUCCAAGUUUGGGAUCUUGGAGGACAGACAAGUAUAAGGCCGUACUGGCGCUGCUACUAUUCCAACACAGAUGCUAUCAUUUAUGUAGUGGAUUCUGCUGACAGAGACAGAAUAGGCAUUUCAAAGGAUGAACUGCUCUAUAUGUUGAGGGAAGAUGAGCUGCAAGGAGCAGUACUGGUGGUGCUUGCUAACAAGCAAGACGUUGAAGGUUCUCUGAGUGUUGCUGAAGUCCACCAGGCACUGGGGCUUGACGCUCUCAAGAACCGAACAUUUCAAAUCUUCAAAACAUCAGCUACAAAAGGAGAGGGGCUAGACUCCGCCAUGGACUGGCUGUCAAAUGCUCUUCAGAACAGAAAAUGAUUAACCUUGUGACAAUCGCAAAUAAACUGAUUUUAUCAUUAUAAUUUUUCAUAAUUAAGUGUACAGAUAUGGCUGAUGUUAGAAUCAUUUGGAGGGGGGUGGAUGCUGGUGGAGUGUGUUCAAGGAUGGGUGGAUGUUCCAAGUGAAUUAUUGCUGGCAGAAUUUUGAGACAAGGAGAACAGUCUCAAAAAUUCAUGCAGCACAUCUUAUGUUUUACAAUGAAACUGUCAUCAAGUGAUUGUGCCUGUUGGUCUGAAUUUGAUGUAUAAUAUUGUGUUGUUGCAAUGACUUAUGGCCAGUCAGUCUUGUUGCUGUGUAUGUGAAUCAAGUAAUUAUGGGAAAAUUACUGUCUUAUUGCCAGAAUAUAAAUUUCCAUAUGAGAA